GAUGGCUCUGUUAUGCCACGUGCGCUCACAUCAUGCGCGCCCGGACCUCCCACAAUGCAUUGCGGCUGCUAGUUUGGUUAGCCUACGCUUACCUGUGAACAUACGGAACUAUACAUACGGCGUCAGGGUUUCUUCGAUUUUAUACUGGUUUGCUUUAAGCGAUAUGCCUCCGAAAAAGCCAGCUCCAGCUACAGGCAGUAAGAAAACCCAAGAGAAGAAAAAAGAGAAGAUCAUUGAGGAUAAAACCUUUGGACUGAAAAACAAAAAAGGUGCUAAACAACAGAAGUUCAUUAAAGCUGUAACACAGCAGGUCAAGUAUGGACAGCAAAAUGCUCGGCAGAUCGCUGCUGAAACUGAGAAGAACAAAAAGAAGGAAGACAAGAAGAAGGAAUUGUCUGAGUUGAACGAGCUCUUUAAGCCAGUGGUGGCAGCUCAGAAAGUCAGCAAAGGUGUGGAUCCCAAGUCCGUGCUGUGUGCUUUCUUUAAGCAAGGCCAAUGUACCAAAGGUGAUAAGUGUAAAUUCUCUCAUGACCUCUCGUUGGAGAGGAAAUGUGAGAAAAGAAGCGUGUAUGUGGACGGCAGAGAUGAAGAGCUGGAGAAAGACACCAUGGAUAAUUGGGAUGAAAAGAAACUUGAAGAGGUUGUAAACAAGAAGCAUGGAGAAGCUGAAAAGAAGAAAGCGAAGACACAAAUUGUGUGCAAGUAUUUCCUUGAUGCUAUUGAAAACAACAAAUACGGCUGGUUUUGGGUUUGUCCCGGUGGAGGUGACAACUGUAUGUACCGCCACGCUCUUCCUGUGGGCUUUGUUCUGAAGAAAGACAAGAAGAAAGAAGAGAAGAUUGAGGAGGAGAUCUCGUUGGAGGAUUUGAUAGAGACUGAGCGAUCUGCCCUGGGAGCAAACGUCACUCGAAUUACUCUUGAAACAUUCUUGGCCUGGAAGAAAAGGAAAAGGCAAGAGAAAAUGGCUAAAGCAGAGCAGGACAUGGAGAGAAAGAAAGCCGACUUCAAAGCUGGCAGAGCGCUUGGAGUCAGUGGAAGGGAAGUGUUUGAGUUCAGACCUGAGCUUGUUGACGAUGACGAUGAGGAGGCGGAUGAUACUAAAUACGCUAAAGAUGAUGAUGAUGAUGGCUCUGAAGUUUCUUAUGAGGUGGAGGACUCGGAUGAAGUUCAUGACCUUGACAUUGCUAGAUUUAUCCCUAAAGAGGUGGAUCACGCGGGUAUAACGAUGGCGUCAGCGGACAGGUUUACUGCCAGAGCCCCUCCUUCAAAUGAUACAGAUGACAAUAAAUUGAGCGAGGCCUCAGGCGGAGCCAUGGAGAACGGAGAACACAGCCCAGACCAGACACUUGAGGACGGUGAAACCAAUGAUGAAGACGAGACAGAGGCGGUGCCAGUAGACGAGAACCUCUUUACAGGGGAGGACCUAGACGAACUGGAGGAGGAGCUCAACACACUGGACCUGGACGAGUGAAGACUAGGACUGUUGCAUUAUUCAUGAACUACACAUGGCUUGAAGUGAAUGACAAUAUUUUCACAAAUAACUACCACCAGAAUUGCCAUGUCAGAAACCGCUCUGCCUGCAAUAUGCACCCUCAUCACUCGAGAUGUCCCGGGACGCUAAAGGAGAGACGGGAGUAGGUGUUCUUGUUCUCUCUAAGAUUUAACUCUUUGCCCUGUUCCUUUUUUUUUUUUUUUUUUUUUUUUUAAAUUGCAGUCUACCCCAAAAGCACAGUCAAGUGAGGGUCUGGUUCUACAGUGGAAACAUGCUCCAAAUAUUUAUGAGGCUGUUGAUUUGAUAUUUCUGCGUUCUCUUUUGAAAGAUUUGAUUAAAUGAUCAUCUUUGUAAGGUCAUGCGUAUGAAACGAUCCAGCAUAAAUCCUCUUCGAGACGUUCAAGCACUAUUGGAAUCUGGUUUCCUCUUCUCUGCUGAUUAAAUGUUGCUUUAAUGAAGACAAAGAAUCAGUUGAUCGGUAUCAUUACAGUUUUUAACAUGUAACCAACUGCAUGCCUGUAUCAGGAUCAGAAUGUAAAUGCUGAAUAAGUGUGAUGCUGACGUUCAAGUGUUCAAUAAUCAGUUGAUCAGAUUGAGGUGUUGAAUGUGAAAUCUCUCGGAUACAGAUGUGGCAUCUUUGCCUUAUAGAAGGAGAUGUGGAAGACGACAUCAUUACUAGUCAAAUAUGAUGUUUAAAGUGUUUUCAGGAAGUGAGAAAGUGACAGAGAUGAGCUUGUGAGAUGAACUAGUAAUGUCUGUCGUUUUUCUAUUCAAUUGUUUUAAACUGCCCUCCCACCAACACAACACAAGAAAUUGUAAAUAAAAGGAUAUCAGAUACUGA